UUGUUAUAAACACAGAUAAAUGUAAUUCAUUUCGUACAAAAACAUUAUUCAAUUAUGCAAGGUUGAGAAAGAUUGAAUUUUGGCGUCUACUGAAAUAAAUUUACUAUUCGAAGACGACCUUAAUUUUCUCAACUCUUCCAUCAUCGUCUUCUUCCUCCAUUUUGAUUUAAUGCUUUGAGGUCGGUUCGCAAUGGCGAGCGAAUCACCUCCACCUAAUCCCGCAGACAAUAAUUCACCUAAUCCAGCUUCGGAACCUGCACAAGCAGUUGUGAAUGAGUCACAAGCAACUUUGGAAUCCUCAAAAGAAAUUCCAAAAAAAUCUGUAUUUGUGAAUUCUGAACCUAUAAGAGAGGAGCAGGUGCAGAAUGCUAUUAAGUUUCUCUCCCAUCCAAGAGUUAAAGGAUCCCCCAUUGUCCAUAGAAGAAAUUUUCUUGAGAAGAAAGGUCUGACAAAAGAGGAAAUUAAUGAAGCAUUCCGUCGAGUACCUGACUCAUCUCCUGCUGUUGCGAGUGAUCAGGGUAGCACAUACCAAGCUGCACAGACAACCCCUGCAACAAAUACUCAAGCUCAGGCCCCUAUGCAGGCCAUGCAGCCAGUGACAGCUUCUCAAUCUGGUAUUAUGUCAACAAUGGCCAGACGAUUUCACUGGUCGCAUGCAGUUCUUGCUAUAGGAUUUUUGGCCAUAUCUGGUGCUGGGACAGCUAUUGUUUUUAAAAAGUCACUCCUUCCUAGGCUAAAGUCUUGGAUCCGCAGGGUUGUUUUGGAUGAAGAAGAUGCCAGUGACCUUGAUAAAAGUAUUGAGGAAAAGCCAACUCUGGCUGAAGAAGCGACGGCAGCUGCAAAAGCGGCAGCUGCUGCAGCUGCUGAUGUGGCAAAGGCUUGUCAAGAUAUGUUGAUGACUAAGAAUGAAGAAAAGAAAUGCUUCACGGAGUUCAUGAGCUUGUUGGACGUGCAACUUCACGAGAUCAGGACAAUGAGAAAUGCACUAACAAAAUUAGAAGGGCAAUCCUACGUGGCUGGGAGAAAUCCUGUAAGGGAAGAGUAUCUAGAUGGCUCUGUUGCGCGUUCAAUGCAACCAAUAGACAGCAGGCCUGAAUCUGACAUGCGAUCAGUUGCAGUGAAGUCUGUCUCACAACCUGCAUCAGCUGAACCUCCUCAUCCAAAAUCCUAUGCGGAGAUCAUGGCCAUGGUGCAGAGAGGAGAAAGACCACCUAAUGUCAGAGAUAUUGAUGAUCGCGCUCCGAAUCCUAAUCAACCUAUUUCAAAUCCAAGUUUGGCUCCUAAAGCCAAGCCCUGGGAAGCUGGUCAGACUGGUAGCAGCUCAAGCUUUGCUUCUCCAUCUCAAUUUACUACUGGAGGCGUUAAUAUUACACAAGAUAAUGGUGCUACCUAUCAGUACAAUAACGACAGUUCUGCAUCCUCGUGGCAGCAAAAGAAUGCAAGAAUCUCCGAAAUUGAGAAUGGAGAUAGUCAAAAGUUUGGUUCAGGAUCAAGCGGUACUGUAAACAUUGGCCCAACCCAACGUAGAUGGGUCCCACCUACACCUCCCCCUGUAUCAAUGCCAGAAGCAGCUGUGGCCAUUCGACAGCCUAAAUCGACCCCGAAGGACAUGAAUCUGAAGGCUGAAGAAGCAGCAGCACAGCCUGUGACUAACGGGUUAGAAGAGUUGCAGAGAAUUACACAGAUAUCUGAAUCCGGUGGUCAGGUAGAGAUGAAUGGAGGGGGUGGAAGCUCAGAAAUGAACUUCAGUGAGAUACAAGAAGAGCAAGUUACAGAGGUGUGAAAACAGAAGCAUGCUGAGGAUACGAAAUUAUCUUAUUUCAAUAUGCCAUCAGUACUUCAUAUGUUUCCUAUAGUAAGAAUAAAAGAUUGGUGAUUUAACCAAAUAAUCAUUGCCAUGAUGUAGCUAUUGUAACAGUUAUGUGAUUUUUAAUAGUUCGAUCAGAGAGUUUCGUGUG